CGCCGAGUCCAGGCUGCCGUCAGUCCCGUGCGUCUUCACGCACGCACAGCAUCUCGAGUGGUCACGUGGUAGACGCAGCAGCUCGGAGGGAGACGCGCUCAGCUGUGCGAAGAAUAAAGAGCAGGAUGGUGAAAGGAGACGCGAACAAACCCAAGGGAAAGACGUCUGCGUACGCCUUCUUCGUGCAGACGUAUCGCGACGAGCACAAACGCAAGAGUCCCGACGUUCCCAUCAACUUCUCCGAGUUCUCCAAGAAGUGCUCGGAGCGAUGGAAGUCCCUGAGCGCUUCAGAGAAGAGUAAGUUUGAAGACAUGGCCAAAGUGGAUAAAGCUCGCUACGAUAACGAGAUGAAGAGUUACGUGCCGCCCAAAGGAGUCGGGAAGACGGGCCGCAAGAAGAAAGACCCGAACGCCCCGAAACGCCCGCCAUCUGCGUUCUUCGUCUUCUGCUCGGAGCACCGGCCGACGGUGAGGAGCGAGAACCCGAAUCUGUCCAUCGGUGAGAUCGCCAAGAAGCUGGGCGAGAUGUGGUCGAAGCAGAGCCUGUCCGACCGCGCGCCGUUCGAGCAGAAGGCCGUCAAACUGCGUGAGAAAUACGAGAAGGAUGUGGCGGCGUACCGCGCAGGGGGCGGAGCUAGUAAAAGGGGGCCGGGCCGACCGACUGGCUCGACUAAAAAGGCCCAGGCUGAUGAUGAUGACGACGAUGAUGACGAAGAGGAAGAUGAGGACGAGGAGGAAGAUGAUGAUGAUGAUGAUGAGUAGAGCGUGUUUGUGUGUGAUGCAGCAUCUCUGAUGUGGGACGGGUGGAGGGUUAUUUGGGUUUUUUUCUUUCUGUACAUGUUUAACGACUCCAGCAAUAACACAGGUGUUCUGGUUUUUGUUUUUCGCUUCUUUAGAUUGAUUUUUAUUUUUGUACACGUCUUUUAACCGUUGAUCCACUAAAGUGUAGAGGUGCUUUUUUUAUAAUAAAGUUUUAAAUGUU